AUCAAUGAAAUUGACCCAAAACAGAAUUCUGCUCAAUAUUCAUCAUUACGUCGCCUAAUUUAUUUGCCUUUUUCAUUAUUUAAUAUUAUUUCAGCAAUUUAUUUGAUACCCAUCAAUUUUUAUCUAAACCAUCGGUCCCCGAAUUUGUGAAAAAAUUUCAUCUUUCUGUUCAAUAAAGCUUCAUUUUUCUUUUUCAUUAACAUUGUUAUAUUUAGUUAUUUAUAGUUCUGUGGAGCUCACACACAAUCUGCUGAAUUAUAUAACAAUUUCUGCGUGUGGGUUUUCUUGAAGCAUAAGACAAUGGCUACAUUUCUAGUGUGAAUUGCUAUAUAAUAUUGUUGGAGAAGUUUAGAGAAGUUUGCUGCUAUUACCUAUUAAUGUCUUUAAAUUAGGCAUUUUCUUUUGCUGUAGUUGUAGUUUGUUGUUGGUUAUUGGCUGAUUGUAUGCCCAUGACAUCAGUAUUGUCUUUCCGUGUAUGUCCUAGUUUUCCCAGUAAUUUAGGUUAUAAACAUGGGCUGGGAGGUAGGGUUAUGUGUAAUUUAGAUGGUGAUAAUUCAACAGCCUUAUAUCCAGGUAGUGUUAGUGUGAGUGGUGCUCCUGUUGUUAAGGAAAGUGAGAAAUUUGGGUCCUCAGUUGCUGGAGGAAACGGGCAUGUAGGCGGCUUUGGCGGAGAGAAAGAUAGGGACAAAAGAAAAGAUUCCGCGCAAUUAGAAGUGCUAUGGGAUGAUGGGUUUGCGUCUGCAAGCAUGAAGGAUUAUCUUGAUAUUGCUAAAGACAUGACUAAGCCUGAUGGUGGACCACCUAGGUGGUUUUCCCCUGUAGAAUGUGGGCGCCCUUUGAAGGGUUCUCCUUUGCUUCUGUUUUUGCCUGGUAUGGAUGGAGUUGGGUUGGGCCUCAUUAUGCACCAUAGGGCCCUGGGGAAGGUAUUUGAGGUUCAGUGUUUGCAUAUUCCUGUUUAUGAUAGGACACCAUUUGAAGUGCUGGUGGACAUUGUUGAAGAAGUAGUUCAGAAGGAGCAUGCUUCAUCUCCAAACAAGCCCAUUUAUCUGGUCGGAGAUUCCCUUGGAGGAUGUCUAGCUCUUGCUGUUGCUGCUCGUAAUCCGAUGAUCGACUUGGUUUUAAUACUUGCUAAUCCUGCAACAUCAUUGGAGAUGAGCCAGCUUAAACCAUUGUUUCCUAUCUUGGAAGCAUUGCCGGAUGAGCUUCACAAUGCAGUUCCAUAUCUCCUUAGUUUUGUCAUGGGUGAACCAGUGAAGAUGGCAAUGGUCAAUGUUGACAAGAAGCUUCCUCCUAGUCCAACGAUUCGACAAUUGUUUGAAAAUCUCACUGCUUUGCUGCCACGCCUGUCUGUUAUAUCUGAUCUCAUUCCCAAGGACUCACUUGUUUGGAAGCUUAAGCUGCUCAAAUCAGCUGCUGCAUAUGCCAAUUCUCGACUGCAUGCUGUCAAAGCUGAAGUGCUUGUGCUUGCUAGCUUAAAGGAUAACAUGCUUCCUAGUGCUGAUGAAGCAAAAAGACUUUCUAGGUUGCUGAAGAAUUGUGAAGUUCGAACUUUCAAAGAGAAUGGGCAUACUCUUUUGCUGGAAGAUGGCAUUAAUCUGCUUACUGUCAUCAGAGCCACUGGAAAAUAUCGUCGUUCAAGGAGGCUGGAUUAUGUCACUGACUUCGUACCUCCAAGUCUGUCAGAGUUUAAAUAUGGAUUUGAUCAAUAUAGUGGAUGGCUUCAGAAUUAUACCAGUCCUGUGAUGCUCUCAACUUUAAGAGAUGGAACAAUAGUGCAAGGUCUCAGUGGGGUGCCGAGUGAGGGUCCCGUCUUACUAGUAGGUUAUCAUAUGUUGAUGGGUUUGGAGCUCUCUGGCCUUAUUGAAGCAUUUCUAAGGGAGAAAAAAAUUAUGGUUCGAGGUUUAGCUCAUCCUGCAUUAUUUGCUGCAAGCUCUUCAAAUAAAGAAUUGUCAUAUUUUGAUUACACGAGAGUAUUUGGUGCAGUACCUGUGACUGCUAGCAACUUCUUUAAAUUGUUUUCAACAAAGUCACACAUACUUCUUUAUCCUGGUGGAGCACGUGAGGCUCUACAUUACAGGGGUGAACAAUACAAGUUAAUUUGGCCUGAUCGACCUGAAUUUGUACGAAUGGCUGCAAAAUUUAAGGCCACAAUUGUACCUUUUGGAGUUGUUGGAGAAGAUGAUAUAGCAGAGUUGGUCCUUGACUAUAAUGACUUAAUGAGAAUUCCUGUUGUGAAUGAUCUUAUUCGAAAAAGUGCUGAUGACAACGGAAGAGUGAGAACCAGUGAUGAGGGGGAAGUUGGGAAUGAAAACCUCUUCUUUCCUGGACUUUUGCCGAAAAUACCCGGUCGCUUUUACUAUCUUUUCGGUAAGCCGAUUGAAACUCAAGGGAAAGAAGAAAUCCUGCAAAAUAGAAAGAGUGCAGAAGAAAUGUAUCUGCAGAUUAAAUCUGAAGUAGCUUCAAGUAUAGAUUAUUUACUUAAGAAGAGAGAAGAGGAUCCUUACAGAAAUAUUAUUGACAGAACCAUCUAUAAGUUGUUUUCUACAACUGCACAAGAUGUGCCAUCCUUUUCCCCAGAAACAAAGAGGGAACUAUAAGGUACUCAUAAUUUUGACUGUAUGAUAUAAUAAUGUCUAUAUUCAAUAUUCCAUUAUUUUAUAAUAUUUAAUAGCAUUUUUUUCCAAA